AUGCUCAAUUCAAUUCACGAGGAGAAUGGAAUCACAGUUAGUGUACUAGAAGGAUUAUUUAAGUCUUAUCAUAAAAGAACUAAACGAAAAGUGGUGUCCAACAGAAGAAAAUUACUCGUCGAUUUGCCAAAUUCCCCUAACUUUAUCCCAAAGUCCGAAGCAUUAAAAUUAAAAAAUGGUGUUCAACAUUCCAAAGCUCGAAGCAAACAUAUUGAUCCUAAUUUUUUUGGACCUGGUGCAAAGCCCGGUCAUGUACCAACUGAUGUUGACCAGGCUACUGGCCUUGAACGUGCUGAAUUACUUGCGGCCUUAGAAGGUAAAGAUUUGUUCGAGUCAAAGCCUUUACAGAUAACCAAACUUGGUACAAAAAAAGAACCCACCUUGGUCAAAAGCGUUGAUCCUAUUCGUUAUGUGGGUUGUACUGGAUUUCCUGUUGAUUCUCAUGAACUUUUAUGGAUUGUUCUGGAUAAAAGUCAUGAAUUUGAUCGAUGCCCAGAAUGUGGACAUGUCUACAAAAUGAAUUUUGUUGGUACUGAAGGUCAUGGUCAUGGUCAUCAUUAA